GACGAUGCGACGCUGCGCCUGCCUCGCGGCUGCCGCAGCAGCCCUGCAGCAGCCGCCGCGCCGCGCAGCGCUGCACCGAUUGCAAGCAGCGAAAGAGAUCGCGAAAUUUGACCCGCAGGACUUCGCGAUGGAGACGGGCGCCUGGCCCUACACGGCCGCCGACCUCAAUCGCCUCGACAACAGCGACGACGCGUCGUUCUACGCGCAGCCGCGCUUCGUGGCGCACAUCGACGACCGCGCGAUCGAGAGCCUGACGGCGUUCUACAGCGACGAGUUCGCGGCGAUGGGCGCCGGCGAGGACGGCCUCGACGUCUUGGACACGUGCUCGUCGUGGAUCUCGCACCUGCCGACGGACGCGGCCUACGGGCGCGUCGCCGGCCUCGGCAUGAACGCCGCGGAGCUGGAAAAGAACCCGCAGCUCACGGAGACCUGCGUGCGAGACCUCAACGUCGAUCCGACGCUGCCCUACGACGACGAGUCCUUCGACGUCGUCUGCAACGUCGUCUCCGUCGACUACCUGGUGAAGCCCCAGGAGUUCUUCGCCGAGGUGCACCGCGUGCUGCGACCCGGCGGGCGCGCGCUCAUCUCGUUCUCGAACCGCUGCUUCCAGACAAAGGCCGUCGCCAUGUGGCUGCAGGCGGACGACAUCGACAAGCUGACGAUCGUCGCGAGCUACUGCCACUACGCCGCGAAGUUCAAAGAAAUCGCGGCGCUCGACAUCAAGCUGCCGCCGCUGCCCAUGCCGGAGCGGCCGAGCCCCGGCGACAUGAUGAAGAACCCGAGCGCGGCGAUGGCCUGGGCGUCGGCGUCCGCGGCGGCCGCGCGCGCGAACUCGGGCGAUCCCAUGUUCGCCGUCAGGGCCGUCAAGCGCACGAAGCCGGCGAAGAGUCGUAAAUGAGGCUUAGUUCC